CGAAACGUUUUCAUUUUGUGCCCGAAAUGCUAUAAUCUGUGUGUUGAGUACCGUGAGGUGACGAGUAGUGGAGAGUCAGCGGGUGAAUUUUAAUAAGUGCUGCCGGUCAGCUGGGUGGUGCUGACACAAUUGUCACGACUCCUAUUGAAUGCGCAUGAAGUGAAACGUGGAAAUGGGUACUUUUGUGCCAAACACGAGUUGUGGACCGUGCCUGUACUGCAAUAGCAUGUCACCAGAUGCCCCUGAGGAGCUUCUCCGGUGUGACGUGUGCAGACGGUGUGCGCACAUAUCGUGUCUCAAGUCAGGCUUGCCAAAGGGAGUUCUCAUAGGGGACAACUUCUUCAACUUCACUUGCUGUAUGUGUCAUCACAGUGGACAAGAUACCACCGUUCGAGCCAAAUUAAAUACGUCUCAGAUUUUGCUGUUGGUGCUGUAUAACCUACAUAUGGUAGAGGCCCACACUACUCGUAAUGGCUUCUUUCACUUGAAGAUCCACAUUUAUAAGUUCCUUAACCACCACUGGAAGGAAAUAUUCGGUCCAGAAAGUCGGAAAAAGAAGAAAAAGGUUAUGCAAGCUUCACUGAGUGGGCAGCUGUCUCAUUAUGGACAGUAUUUUGUUAGCGGUUUUGAGACGCUGCGAGAUGGAGGGUGGUAUAAACUAGCGAGUGUUCUUCCUCCGGCUCAGAUCAUACAGCGGCAGAUGACCAAGAAACAGGGUGGCAAGGAUACUUUAAGACAUAGAAGUAGAAAAAUGGUGAAGGAUGAAUCGUCUAAGGAGAUAGCACACAUUAAGGAGGAAGUAGUGGAUGAAUCUGUAAGUUCUGGCGAUGUUUCGUUUGACAGCCACGAUGAUUCGUCUCGAGGGUCGUGGUUCACGGAGAGAGAGCUCCUGAAGCCCCACACUUGUCCACCCCAGGCGCUCUUUGAUAGUGAGGAAGAUGAAGAUGAACAAGAAACAAAGCCAUGUUUUCUGCAAGUGAAGAUGGAUUUGAAGAAAGAAGUAACACUGGAAGAAGUUAAUCCAGAUUGUGAAAUGAAAGAGAGGCCAAACAUUAAGGUAAAAGAGGAAGAUUGUGAUGCAGAGUUCAUUGAUGUAGAUGGAAAUGAAAGUGAAGUGCCACCAGACGACAAGAGAGAGAGAGAGCCACUAGAGGACCCUCUGUGGAUUAAAGCAUCACUCUUCACCAAGACCACCACCUCUGACACCAUGCUCAAGGCUCAUCCACCUACAUCAAAACAGGAAACAAAAGAAAGUGUACGUGCAUUGAGUGGAUAUGAGGAGCGACAGUUGCUGCGGCACUUAGAGCAUCUUCAGGAAUCUGGUCCUUUACCCCCACAUCUGCAUCGUUUUCGUCGAAAAUUGGCUGUCAGAAAAAUGAAGUAUGAACAUGGCCUUCCACUUUUCAACUUGGACUCGGAGAUAAAGUUUUUGCGUAGUCACGGUAGACUGAGGAGUCGUCACGAACUAGUUAGGGGCAAGAUAAUGCAAGAUACAAAAGACUCGACUUCUAGAGUUCUAGACAGAUUUCAGGUGUGUAUUGGCGAACAGCAGCAGAAGCAAGAGGAAAUGACCAGUUUCUUGGUGAAGCUUGUUGGUCGUCCUGCCGGAACACCGCCACUCAUCCACAGUCCCUAUACUCUCAGGAAACUGAAGCCAUACAUCAUGCAAGAUUACGAGUCACUUCCUCUGAAACUUAAACUUCUACGAGAGAUUAUCUCGUAUCCACAUCGCAAUGAAGUCGGAUGGUGCCUGCCUCCCAGACAUCCAAUAGAUUAUUGUUAUGUGACACCCAAAUAUAUUCCUGCCAUGAAUCAGCUAGCAAGGCAUUUCUUCUGGCCUGGGAUUGAUUUGUCAGAAGUGCUACAGUAUCCAGAUCAUACUUGUGUUGUCCUCUACCGUAGCUUAGUGGUGGGGUUUGGGGUGCUCGUUCCUGACACAGGCUUCAACAUGGCAUACCUGUCAUUCCUGCUAGUGCACCCAGAAUGGCGACAUGCUGGUAUUGCUACAUUUGUUCUCUAUCACUUGAUUCAAACAUGCAUGGGUAAAGACGUGACUCUACAUGUUUCUGCAACAAAUCCAGCACUCAUUUUGUAUCAGCGUUUUGGCUUCAAGGUGGAGGAGUUUCUCUCUGGAUUCUAUGACAAGUAUCUACCUGAGGACAGCCCAGAAUGCAAACAUGCCAUGUUUCUACGCCUCAGCAGAUGAUUUUUUAUCGAGUUUCUUAAAGUUCUGGAGAAAUAAAAAUACAUGUAUAGAAAAA